UACAUAUACGUGUAAGCUGCAUACGCGCGCGCUUAAGCGUCGGCAAAGAGCCCAUGAUAAAGAUGAUUUACAGAGUAGAUUAAUUAAAAUAGGAGUUUACAUUUCUUACGCCUAGUCAAAUGCGAACAAAAUAGAUCCUCGUUAGAUAAAUGAUAACGCAAACACGUGUACACUUUGUUGUUUUCACACUAUGCACAUAUGCGGUCUAUGUAAAGGUUUAUCAACGCCAGACAAUUGCGAUAUCGUGAAAGAACAGAAUCGAUCUUUUCCUCCGAUAAUUUCCUGUCGAUAAAAAUGAACAUACCAAUGAUCCUCCGUUACCGUUACGAUUGUGCUUACGAUUACGAUUUCGGGAAUGUUAACAUACGCUGAACACGUUUCGCGGUUGCUGCGUGAUUGCGACUAUUGCUAUACGAUGCCCUACAUCGCCGUUCGACGCGUACCGUGCAUACAAAGAUAUCGCAUGUUUAUGUGUUCAUACGAUGUUACACAGAUAACGGGAAUCUUUUUAAUUCACGAUUCUUCCUAUGUUAAAUCCGAUACGAAAACGCAUGCCUCGGGAUUCAUUGAUUCUUUUUUUUUCUCCUACGAUAUCUCAUCCCGUUUUAAGAGUACGCAAGAGAAGAGAAGAAAUGGAAAGAAAAAGAAGCAUACUGGCACUGGUUGGACUGAUUCUAUUUCUCAAGUCUUCGAAUACCGAAAGCGGUAGCAGCAGUGGCAACGGCAACAGCUAUAACGGACACUUAUUUUCUCACCACCAUCGACAGAAGAGACUGCUUUGGAUAACUAACGAUGGUCGAAUAGCUUUACCACCAGGCACGAUUAUGACGAUAACUCCAACAUUGGCGUUACCCUUUGUCAGAUACCCUCCCUAUGGUUUUCUUAGCAACAUGACUGUUAGUCUUCCCUUUACCAUCGAUUUCGACAAACUGGGUUUAACCGAUAACGAAAACCCUUACGGCGCUUUACCAUCAGCGUUCGAUACUACUGCAAGGGAUCAGGGAUCGAAUGCCGCAGAAUUUAUCGCGACAUUCGUAAAACGUGGAAUCAGCAAAAGAGAAGCACUCGCGGAUUUGCCAAAGAAUGCACUUUACGGAGGUGAAAGAGCUCUUUUGUAUGGUACCGCUGAGGAUAUGCUCGCAAAUUUCGGUUUAAAUGGAAAGGCCUGUCUAUUAAGGGCAAUCUGUGAAGUGCAGGGACAUCCCCUAAGCAAUUUCGGCUUAAUCGGGGAAAUGCUCAAACUCUUUUUCACUGCUAGCAAAUCACCAUUUUCGAACCUUUUAAAAGAAUAUGUUGAAGCUGAAAAUAGAGGCAAGUUUCAUGGAGAGUGUUGGCCUUACUUCAAAGAUUGCCCAAAAUCGUUAUUCCGCUUAUCAGAGAAUAAAUAUACGAAAGAUGCCUUCCACGAAGAUGCUGCAACUGUCGAAUCAGAUGAGAUAGAAAAGAAAAAUCGAUACUUUCCUUCGAUCCAGUCAAUGGAUCGAGCAACAAAGAGAGAAACUCAGUUUUCGCGAAAUUUGAAACGUGCGAUACACCCGUUAAUGUAAAUAAAGUCACUCGAUGCUAAGUCUAGAUACAUGCACAUGGUAUGUAUACUCCCAAGUCGAAAAAAGGUAUGACACGAAUCAACUACUGUAUGUAUAUGUACUUAACUUACUUACGCGCAUCUUUCCUUUCCUUCGAAAUAUUUUUCUUUACUAGCCAUCUACUUUAAAGCCAGAUCGAAGUCGAUUUUGACCAAUACCCACUUAUUACUCCUUGAAUUCCACGAUCGUAAACUGAAAAAAGCUGCGCUUUCUCGACUUGAUGGAAAAUCAAAUAUGUAAUUGCAUUUUACGCUUUAUCGGCCCCCCAUUGUGAGGCAUACGUCGCAUGUGCGCAUGGCACGUGCACGAUCUUUCAUCGCCAUAUUAUAUUUAGUAAUUUAUUUGGUGUUCGUAUCGUCCUAGAUCAUAAUAAAAAAUACAGUAGAAAAGUACCUUUCAGUCGUUUAAAAUUACACAACAAUUGCGAUUCCGAUCAUUUUUUAUUGUAUCGAUGUGCGUUCGAACGAAUACACGUAUGUAUGUAUGUAUGUAUAGUGUAUAUAUACUCUUAUUUCUCGUCAUCUUCUCUGUAUAAUGUUCCGUAUUCAAUUUUCUUGUACGUGUAUAUACAUGUACGCGUGUUAAAAUUUCAACGUGUAAUCAACUACACAAAUUUAUCUACCUAAAACAUAAUUAGGCCAAUUUUAUAACAGCAUAUUGCGGUGAAUGAAAAUCUUCUUAUUACUAUAUUUGUCGCUAGAUAUGUAUACCUUGUAUGAGUAAUUAACAGUUUUAAUAGUAUGCGCGACGAGCAAAACUAAAAUUGUUUCACAUAGUAUAAAUAUAUUUGUCAACUAGCAAUAGAUAAAACGAUAAGAAGAAUAAAAUAAUGUAUAAUAAGAAAAUUAAAAAUUAGAAAAUUAUUAUUAAAAGAUAAAAAACAUAGAAAAUUGGAAAUAAAUAAACAUUAAAUCGCAACUAUUCAGAAGUAUAAUCGAUGUUAUGCGACAUGUGUGUAGUUUACACUAAAUUCUGGUACUGAUAAUACAUAUAUUGUAGAUAAGUUGUAUUUCCAAUAUCGAAUAUGUGAUAAAAGUUACGUACGUAGCAAUCAUACUUACACAUCAUUGCUUACCAAUUAUUUAUUACAUUACAUUUCCAUUUAUCGCCAUCUGUAAUAAAAUCUUGCGAAAUUUUACUGUAUUUUACAAUAUAUUAUUACCUCAUAUGAAUUUGUUAUGGUUCUAAUUAUUAAGUUGUGAUAUUUUGAAAUACGCUGGAGGUACAUCAUAAAAAUAUAGCGUGUUAUGAUCUUGCUCUUUUUUCAUAUACCUUUUUAUUAACAUUUAUAGUGAAAGUACAUUUAUAAUUGAAACUACAUAUUUACUUAAGUUGUACUUACUCUUACUACUUAUUUACGUAAUAUUUAUUUUUGUCCGGCUGUGUAAACUUAACCUCGAAAUUUUCAAUUGUAUUUUUAUUAUUACAUUAUUCUUAUAAGAUAGUAUGGCUUGUGAAGCUUGUAACGUAAAAUUCAGCUUCUUCACACGCAAG